UUGAAUACGUACUUUUGUAGUUUAGAAAGAAUAAUAAUUUGAAUUUUAAUUAAUAUUAAUCCUAAUCUAAUUUCGUUAAAUGUUUUAAACAAUUAAAUACAAGUACAGCUUUUCGUUAAAGUAGAAAUGGCUGAUUUUCUGGAGUCCGAGGCGGAGGAGAGCGAGUUGGAUUCUGAAGAUGAACAGCCAACUGAGCGUAAAAAACCCAAACGCAAGGCAGCAGUUCAGAGCGAUGAUGAAGACGAAGAAGAAGAAGAUGAUGAGGAGCGGUUACGUGAAGAGUUAAAGGACUUGAUUGAUGAUGCUCCUAUAGAAGAGUCCGGUAGUGAUGGUGAGGAUUCUGAUGCCAGUUUGCGUAAGAAGAGAAAAAAAAGUGAUGAUGAACUUGAUGAUAGAUUAGAAGAUGAAGAUUAUGAUUUAAUUGAAGAAAAUUUAGGUGUUAAAGUAGCUAGGAAUAAGUUUAAACGUCUCCGUCGAUUAGAGGAUGAUGAUAGUGACAAUGAGGGUGCUGAUGACCCCGAGCUGGAAAGGGAAGUCAUUGCAGAGAAAUUAUUUGUUGGUGGCUCUGAUGAGGAGGAUGAAAACCGCUCAGAGUCUGCGGCUCCAAGAGAGGUGGAGUAUGAUGAUGAGAAUGAAGAUGUGGAGUCAGAUGCGGAUGACUUCAUUGUAGAUGAUGAUGGCAGACCUAUAGCUGAGAGAAAAAAGAAACGCAAACUUAUAUUCACUGAUGCUUCCUUGCAAGAGGGUCAAGACAUUUUUGGUGUGGACUUUGAUUAUGAUGAAUUUGAAAAAUAUGGGGAUGAGGAUUAUGAGGAUGAGGAAGAGGAAGACCUGGAUGAGUAUAUUGAAGAUGAGGAUGAAGGCGCUGGAAAAAGGCCAAAGGGUAAAUCUAAACGCCCCAGUAAGAAAUCUAUAUUUGAGAUAUAUGAGCCGAGUGAGUUGAAGAGAAGUCAUUUUACGGAUUUGGAUAAUGAGAUACGCAAAACUGACGUACCUGAGCGUAUGCAAAUCCGCGAAGUACCCAUAACAGCAGUGGAGGAAGGCAGCACCGAGCUAGAGGAUGAAGCUGAAUGGAUAUACAAGCAGGCAUUCCUCAAACCACCCGUCUCUAAAGCUGACUCGCAGGAAGCCAGGGAACGAUCGCGCAGGGGCCCAAGUACUAUAACAAAGAUCCGUCAAGCACUGGACUUCAUGAGGAAUCAGACCCUGGAAGUUCCAUUUAUUGCAUUUUAUCGCAAAGAGUACGUGCAACCGGAGCUGAGUAUCAAUGACUUGUGGAAAGUUUAUAAGUAUGAUGCAAAAUGGUGUCAAUUGAAGCAACGUAAAGAGAAUCUCCUCAAACUAUUGGAAAAUAUGCGAGAGUACCAACUAGACAAAGUCAUGCAAAACCCUGAUGCACCCAUACCUGAAAACAUGAGACUUAUCAAAGACGAAGAUAUUGAAAGGCUAAAAAAUGUUCAAACACCCGAGGAGCUGCGCGAUGUACACACACACUUCCUGUUAUAUUACUCUACUGAAUUGCCUGAGAUGCAGAGAAUACAACGCAUCAAAGAAAAAAAGAAGGAACUUGUAGAUAAAAAGAGACUAGCACGGGAAGAAGCAGAGAAGAAUGGGUUAGAUCCUGAUGAGGCUGUUGCUGAAGUUGAAGCCAGGGCUUUACAGGAAGAUGAAGUAGUUACUGAUGUGAAGUAUGCAGUGAGGUCGGGACCAUAUGAACUCUGUAGGAAAGCUGGCAUUGAGCCACUUGUGAAGAAAUUUGGUUUGACACCGGAGCAGUUCGCCGAGAAUGUACGCGAUAAUUAUCAGCGACAUGAGGUCGAACAACAACCUGUACCGCCGCUAGAAGCCGCAGCUGCCUAUACGGGGUCGAUCGGGUCUGCGGCGGAGGUGGUGCGGCGCGCGGUGUACAUGUGCGGCGUGCAGCUCGCGCGCGAGCCGCAGCUGCGCGGCGCGCUGCGGGACGCGCUCCGCGAGCGGGCCACGCUCUCCGCGCGGCCCACGGCCCGCGGCCUCAAGGAGAUCGACGAGAACCACCCCUGCUACAGCUUGAAAUACCUAAAGAAGAAGCCGGUGCGCGAUUUGACUGGCGACCAAUUCCUUAAGCUGACGAUGGCUGCAGAAGACAAAUUAAUAGAGCUGACUAUCAGUGAACAGAUUGAGGGCAACACAAGCCCUAGCUAUUUGGAGGAGCUUAAGCAGCUUUAUCAAAAGGACGAGUUCGCCUCUACAGUACAGGCGUGGAACGAACUACGUGCGGAGGCAGUCACUAUCGCUCUCAACAAGAUCGUGAUGCCGGAGUUGCGGCGGGAACUGAACGCUGUGCUGCUACAAGAAUCAAAAGAAUAUGUACUCAAAUGCUGUCGUAGACGAUUAUACGACUGGUUGAAAGCCGCUCCGUACGAGUCGCGGGUGUCUGACGACGAUGACGAGGAUUGGGAUGCAUCGAAUGGUCUGCGCGUGCUGUCGAUCGCGUACGUGCCGGACCGGCAGCACUCGGCCUUCGCGUGCGUGGUGGCGGCCGGCGGGGAGGUGGCCGACCACCUGCGCCUGCCGCACCUGCUGUACCGCCGCAACGCCUGGGACGCGCUCGAGCGGCGCAACAAGGAGGCCGACAUGACCGCCUUGCGACGGUUUAUAUUACAUAAGAAACCUCACGUGAUCGUGAUUGGCGGGGAGUCUCGCGAAGCGCUCAACGUAAAGGCGGACGUAGCUGAAUGUGUGCAACAAUUGGUGGAGGAUGAACAGUUUCCCAGGAUACCUAUAGAGAUAGCAGAUAAUCACAUAAGCAAGAUAUACAGCAAUAGUAUACGCGGACGGAAUGAUUUUAGAGAGUACCCAGAUAUUCUACGGCAGGCAAUAUGUCAAGGUCGUCUAUUACAAGAUCCGUUGAUGGAAAUUUCACAACUGUGUGGCCCAGAUGAGGAAAUUUUAUGUCUCCGCUAUCACCCAUUGCAGGAUCAAAUUACUAAAGAGGAUCUACUGGAAGGUAUUGAACUAGAAUUCGUGAAUCGGGUGAACGAAGUAGGUGUAGAUAUGAAUGAGGCUAUCUUGACUGGUCGCGGCACAGAGCUCUUGCAGUUCGUAUGUGGUUUAGGGCCAAGAAAGGCUCAGGCCCUAAUAAAGCUCUUUAAACAGACCAAUCAAAAACUUGAAAACAGAACACAGUUGGUGACUGUUUGUCAUAUGGGCCCUAAAGUGUUUAUAAAUUGCUCUGGAUUUAUAAAAAUCGAUACGAGCAGUCUUGGUGAUAGUACUGAGGCAUAUAUAGAAGUAUUAGAUGGGUCGAGAGUUCAUCCGGAGACUUACGAAUGGGCACGAAAGAUGGCCGUUGAUGCUUUGGAGUAUGAAGACGAAGAUGCGAACCCUGCUGGCGCUGUGGAGGAGAUUUUAGAGGCGCCAGAGAGAUUAAAAGAUCUCGAUCUGGAUGCAUUUGCGGAAGAGUUAGAGCGCCAAGGAUUCGGCAACAAGUGUAUAACCCUGUAUGAUAUUAGAGCUGAAUUGAAUUCUAGAUACAAAGAUCUAAGAGUUCCAUAUCGCUCACCGACUCCGGAAGAGAUGUUCGAUAUACUAACUAAAGAGUCUCCAGAAACUUUCUAUGUAGGGAAGAUGGUGUUAGCCACUGUCUUCGGCAUUACACACAGAAAGCCCCAAAGAGAGAUGCUGGAUCAGGCCAACCCUGUAAGAAAUGAUGAGACUGGUUUAUGGGAAUGUCCUUUCUGUCACAAGAAUGAUUUUCCUGAACUUUCAGAGGUGUGGAACCACUUCGACGCAGGCGCGUGUCCGGGCCAGGCCACGGGCGUGCGCGUGAGGCUGGACAACGGACUGUCCGGGUACAUACACAUCAAGAACCUGUCCGACCGCCACGUGGCCGACCCCACCGAGCGCGUGCGUAUCGGACAGACCGUGCACUGCCGCAUUCUCAAGAUCGACGUCGAGAGGUUCUCCGUCGACUGCUCCUCCAAGUCUUCAGAUCUCCUGGAUAAGAAUAAGGAGUGGAGACCUCAGAAAGAUCCAUAUUACGAUCAAGAAUCAGAAGAUAAGGAUGUACGUAAAGACACAGAGGCAAAGCAGACAAAGGAGCGCAUGCAAUAUGUGAAGCGUGUGAUCGUGCACCCCGCCUUCCAUAAUAUCUCGUUCGCUGAAGCUGAAAAGCUAAUGGAGAAUAUGGCCCAAGGCGAGGUCAUCGUCCGUCCUAGCAGUAAGGGUUCUGAUCAUCUCACUGUGACUUGGAAAGUGGCCGAUGGUAUAUGUCAACAUAUCGACGUACGCGAGGAAGGCAAAGAAAAUGUGUUCUCAUUAGGUCGAAGUCUAUGGAUUCAAGGAUCUGAAUUCGAAGAUCUUGAUGAAAUUAUUGCACGUCACGUGACCCCCAUGGCGGGCCACGCUCGAGAUCUUAUCGCCUACAAGUACUACAAACCACUAGGCGGCAUGAGAGAUAAAGCCGAAGAGAUACUGAAAGAGGAAAAAGCUAAAAAUCCAAACAAAAUUCACUACGUCAUUUCAGCUGCCAAAAAUCACCCAGGGAGAUUCCUACUCUCUUAUCUACCUAGAAGUCGAUGUACGCACGAGUAUGUAUCUGUGAUGCCAGACGGUUAUAAAUUUAGACAAAGAAUGUUCGAUUCCCUCGGGAGCUUAUUGAAAUGGUUCAAAGAGCACUUCAGAGAUCCGCCGCCCAGCGGUACUCCCGUGCAGCGAACGCCGGCGCUGAGGACCCCACACGGUGGAAUGACGUCCACCAUGUACCACACGCCGGCGGCCCACACUCCGGCCUUCCACACGCCGGCGCACACGCCCGGACCCGGCGCCGGAUACAUCAACACGCCCUACACUCCAUCCGCUCAAACUCCAUACAUGACGCCGUUCGCGACGACGCCCCGCCAGCCGGACUUCCUCACCCCCAUCGUGCCGAGGCACAAGCCUGUGCAGAUCCCGUACACGGAGCCGGCGGACUGGCAGAAGGCGGCCGAGGAUUGGGUGAGGCACAGAACGUUACGCGAUACGCCGUCGACGCCGCGCAGUGACGCGAUGUCGACCCCGCGGCCGUCGACGCGCACCCCGCGGCCGGACAGCCGGCCGUCCCGGCACGAGUCCCGGUCCGGCCGGCACGACAGUCGCCACGAGUCGAGCCGGACGCCGCGGCCGGGCUCGGGCCGGUCGUCGCGCGCGCAGUCGGUCCGGUCCACGCCGCACACCAACACGUCGCCGCGAUCCAUGUCGCUCGGGGACGCCACGCCCCUCUACGACGAGAAUUAGAAAGACUGACGGCUAGCGUAAAGGAUGUUGUAUUUUAUUUUUGUACCGCCUUAGACUCGACGGCGUUCGAUUGGCGACUCGUAACUGCUACGCUCUGUUCACUUGGUAUAUUUAGUAAUUAAUCAUGAAAGAAUUGUUUACCUAAAUAACGCGUAAAAUAAAUGUGGAAUAAAAAGGUUUUAUGGUAAAUCGAUCAUGUCGUUAGUAUUAUAUAUUUAAUGUCUUAUUUUAAAACGUGUAUAUACGACGGAAAUUUACAAAGAUUGUAACAAACUUGUAUUGUAUCUGUCACUGAGUAUGCCAAGAGGAAAUGAACAGAAAACAAGCGCGCUUUCUGAAGAGUUCGUGUAAGCAUAGCUUAAUAUAAAUUCCAAUGUUAAUGUAUGGAGUGGUUUAUUUAGUCUAGUGACGUAUAUUACCAAUUUUGCAUGCAUUCAUUUUCAUCAAUAUCAAAUGGAGCAUAAGUAUCGCCCAUUUUUAUCUCCGGUGUUUGAUACAUGGCGUCAUAAUUAGAACAAUUAAAACGAAAUGAUUAGUAGAUAGUCGGAAACUUAUUAUUAUUAAUUACACAUAUAACAACAUUUUAUUUUUAACAACUGCGUAAGUAUAUUGAAAGGGAAUAAAGAUAUUUCGCAAUGUUUAUGGUAACUAUUACAAUAGGUUUAUGUAAUACAAUAUUUACUUUCCGUUACAUAAAAUUUCACUUCAGUUUAUAUAUUUUUAGAUAUUUAAUUAUCUAAAUUACACUUAUACAGUAUUUAUAUUUUGACGGAACUAGUUGAUUGUCCAUAAUUGAUAUUAUCAAAUAAUCAGAGUUUCAUAAAAUUUAUUAUUUUGUUUUUAUUUGAGACUCUAAGAUAGGUGAAUUUAAUGGUUUAUAUUUUCCUAAGGAAUUAAAGUGUAGAUACCUGCUACCUAAGAUAUUUUAAUUAUAAUAAUAAAAUCAUAGUUAUUGUGAUUAUGAAUAAUUCUAUAAAAAGCGCCUUUACGAUGUACGCAGUACUAUGAAUAAAUAUGUCCUAUUAUUAAACGGCCAAAUAUUUUUAAAUUACAGUUUCUUAUAUUGUUUCCAU